GUCCGCUUCAGUAUCCCGGACGAAGUUAACGGCUUUCCUGUCAUGGACCGGGCUGUGAUUUCGCCCGCUUUACAGCUCAGAAACGGAUAAAAGAGGAGCGAACGCGUCUGUUUUUCAUAAUUUCCUCCAUAACUUCGUCUCCAGCUUGGAUUUUAUCCUCCAGCGGGGCGAUUUUAGGGGCUUGAAGCAGGUUCUCCUCCAGCUUGUGUGGGAAUGUGAACUUCUCUUAUGGAUGCCGAUACACUUUUGGAGUAUUUACGCACCUUUUCCUGAAUUGUUUUGGAUUUGAAAGAGUGGACUAGGCUCACUUCUGGUCCUGAAAUCUAGCCGUGAAGAAAGCCAUGGUCGCUGUGUUAAUGUAGAAGCUGAAAACAACGUUAAAAUCAUGAUUUCGGAGGAGAGAAGCAGCCACGUAAAUAAGCAAACCCUGAACUUUCCCGUGGGUUUGCUUAUCCGCUCUCCCAAGAGGCGCCUCGCCAAACUGGGAAGGAAACCCAGCAAUGGCUCUGUCCAGUCCAACAACUCGAACACAACUGUCCGCUCCGCCGAGAGCGUCGGCGUCCGGCAGCCAGCUAAGAGCAAAAUCCGCCGCCACAACAACAGGUUUUCCACUGUGUUCAAUCACAGCCCCAACCUGCAGGAUGGUGGACGGCGUGUCCAGGUGGCGGGCAGCAGCGGCGGGAGCUUGACCGGAGACCUCCAGGCUUUGGAUGACCCGGCCGAGCUGUCCAGUCAAAUGUCCGUCCCCGGCAUCCUGAAGAUCUUUGGCAGCGACAUCUGUCAGGGGACCAACUACAAGAGCGUGCUGGCUACCACUCAGUCCAGUGCAAAGGAGCUGGUGAAGGAGGCUUUGGACAGGUACUGUCUGGAAAAAGAAGACCCCAACAAUUACGUGCUGUGUGACGUGAUUGGCCAGACGGGCAGUGAUAACCAAUGGAAGAGGGAGUGCUUCAGGGUGGUGGGUGACAGCGAGAGGCCCCUCAUGCUGCAGUCGCUGUGGAAGCCGAAGGAAGGCUUCUCCAGGCGCUUUGAAAUCCAGCUGCGAGCGAACGUUGAAGAGCAGAGUUUAAAGGACAGAGAUAUGGUCACAGCAGGGAUUAAUGCUCAGGCUCGUAAGCUGCAGAAGACCCGCUCCAGGGUGACCUCCCUUUUUGUUGACAGCAGCGGGGAGGACGCAGACGGACUCGGCAUUUGGAGGAGCCUGAGCGAGAUGGAUUUAUCUGCGAUGGGGAAGGAGGCCGGCAAGGCCCAACAGAGCACGCUCAGAGAGGAUCCCGAAGCUGAAGCCGACAAGGAAGUGCUGCGCCUCGGCAUGGAGAAGGAGGAGACGGAGAGCAGCGAUGACAACACAACCCAGUACUCCAUCCACCCGCCCUUUGACUUCCCAUACUUCCUCCUGCUGCAAGGGUACAGCCACAGACAGGAUUUCGUCAUCUACCUGAUGAGUGGUACCAGCACCAUCUUUGGCUGCUGCAGGGAGCACCACACUGGGGAGGAUGAGGAGAGGCUGAAGGUGGACAUCCUCCUGUUUGCUCCAGAUGUGUUACCGCAGCACUGCUGCGUCAGACGGCUGGACUCUAACAACCAAACUUCCACGGGAGGAGAGCACAGAAAGACUCUGACGAUGCUGAAGCCCCUUCAUGGAGCUCCUGUGACUCGAAACGGUUUACUCCUUAAAGAGGAGGUUGAACUGAAUCCAGGGGAUUUGGUUGGCUUGGGGAAACAUUACUUGUUCAUGUUCAAGGAUCCUACAAGCACACCAGGAUCACUCCACAGCCCUCCUUGGAUGACCAGACUCUGCCCAAACUCUGACUCAAAGACCUCUUGUUUGUCAUGUGGCUCUUCGGUGGCUGGAAAAAAGCUCCUGAGGAAGCCUUUACCUCCUCGUUGGAGAGAUCCGGAGGGCGCAGAGGCUUCACUGAGCUAUGAGCUGGACCAGGAGGAGCAAGUCCUUCAACAGAUCCUGGACAUCUCGGACCCCAGUGGGAAUGAACCGAAGCUGACGCCUGCUUUCCUGCUCAGCCUCUGCAUCCAGCACUCAGCCUCCACAUUUGAGCUGACCCACUUCAGACAGGUGCUGCUCCGGAUAUCCAGUCAGAUCCAGCUCUUUACAUUGGAGAAGACAAAGGAGCUUGCAGCAAUCCAGCCGGAAACGAGCUCCGGCGACGGGCCGUCGGAGCAGCUUCAGCUGCUCAGCAUGGACGAGCUGAUCCCAGGACUCCGACCGCUGGUGCUCUGGAUGGCCAACUCCAUCGAGCUGCUGCACUUCAUCCAGCAUGAAGUCCCUCAGCUGCUGCCCUGGAGGCAGGACCAGGAGGAUGAAGGUCUGCUGGACUCUGAGAUCUCCGCCACUCGGGCAGCCUGUGAGGAAGCCAUGACAGUCCUGGAGGAAGUCAUCAUGUUCACCUUCCAGCAGACCGUCUACUAUCUAACAAAGAGCAUGUACUCAGCCCUGUCUGGUCUGCUGGACGGGAACCCAUUCUCAGAGAGCGGUCAGCUGCGAGUGCCCGAUGGACUCGAGAGCAUCCUGGAGGUCCUGAAGGAGGCGCUGAAGCUUCUGACGGCCUUCCAGGUGCAUCCGGACAUCUCGUUGCAGCUCUGCGCCUACCUGUUCUUCUUCAUCAAUGCUUCGCUCUUCAACACCCUCAUGGAGAGAGGAUCUGUCGCCGGGUUCUACCAGUGGGCUCGAGGCGUGCAGAUCCGGGCCAACCUGGACCUACUGAUGGACUGGAAUCAGAGCAUCGGUCUGGGGGAUCUGGCCACUGAGUUUUUCCAGAAGCUCUCUGCUGCUGUCAAUCUGCUGGCCACACCCAAAGAAACACUGCUGCAGGCGUCCUGGGCUUCUCUCAGGACCGAGUUCGCUGCUCUGAAACCCGCCCAGCUUCACCACAUGCUGAGGGAGUACAACUCCGGGAAGGCCUGCCCCUCCGGAUGGAGCCCGUCACCGGGUGAUGCAGAGGACGCCGUCAGAACAGCCGACAUUCUGGAGAGCUUCGACAACCACCCGCCGCUCAUCCUGCCCAGCAGCGCGUUUCACCUGGAGCUGGGUAAAACCAUCAUGGAGCCGGCGCUGUUUGAACAGCUCGGGCGUCUGCAGGAGUUCAUUGGCGGACUUCCUCGCAGUGAAACCCGAGUCAAACCUGAAGUGGAGGAGCAGGCCUUCAAUGAGACGACUACAGACAGCCAGUCUGUGACCUCGGCCUCCGUCAGAGUCCUCCAGGAUCCGGCCCAUCAGGUGGUCUCUGACCCUGCGCACCGGGACACUCUUACAUCCGCAGAACCAGCUCAGGCCCGAGGCUCUAACGGUGACUUGAGCAGCUGUGAGGCUGUCCUGACCCAGAAGCUGAAGAGCCUGGAGCUGCAGAACACCCUCCCAGGACAGGCCGACGUGAGCUACCACAAGAGCCUGGCACUGGACCCGUCCUGCCUGCUCACACCGCCCAACACCCCACAGGGGAUGGAGCUGGCUGAGCUGGAGGCUGACCUGCAGGAGGGGACCCACCAAUUAAAGAAAGCCAGUGGAAGUGCUGAGAGGAAGACAGGAAACGAGGGAGCAGCAGCUGACGAAGAAGAAGACAGAGAGGAAGUGUUCGUGGUGGAGCUUCACAAAGGGCCUCAUGGUCUCGGACUGGCACUCGUAGACGGGACGAAAACACCGCUGAGAAUGAGCGGCAUUUACGUGAAGUCGGUCGUCCCCGACUCUCCAGCCGCUAAGUGUCAGAAACUGAGAACGGGCGAUCGAAUCCUGGCUGUGAACGGCAUGAGUUUGGUUGGAAUGGAUUACAGCACUGGGCGGGAGCUGAUUCGCUCAUCCGGAGACUCACUCAAGCUGCUGGUUGCCAAGAUAGAUUCCAAAACAGGCAGCAAAGCCUCGACUACAUGCUGAAGUUAGAGCGCUGGUGGAAGAUCCAGUGUAAUUUGGGAAUACUAGAGGACGUGAGAUUCAUCUCUCUUGCUUCAUCCCAAAGUCAGUAUUUCUCACAGGAUGGAUUCCCCGACCAAAGGAACACACACUUCCUCCUUUUUGUUUCCGACUCAUAAUGGGAUGCAGACAAUCAAACCGAACACAGACUGUGGGCGCUUUGCUGGCAGACGGAGGGGGAAGACAAGUUUUAAAAGCUCUUUUUUUUUUCUUUACCAGCUUCUAAAAACAAACUCAAAAACAGGGAAGGGGGGAAAACCAGAGCCUGUGGCGUCUGAGUGCAGGAUUUAAUGUCUGAAGAGUGCUGCCAAGCUGCUCCGCGAUCACUCACGUCUGGCUUCAACUGGAAUUAUUUCCAAAUUCAUUUUUAAAUUAUAUCUAUUUAAAAAAAAUGUGAAGCUUUAUAUGUUACACUCCAAAAACAAAACAUUGUAUCUGCCAGUGGGCAUGUCUCAGAUUCAGAUAUAUUUCCAAAACAAGGAAAACUGUCUUUGUGUUGCACUUCUUGUUUCUUUGCAGGAAUGACUGAACAUUAACCCUCAGUUUUCUGCUGCUUCAGGUUCUUUCUUGUAUAAAUUCAUCAACAGUCUGCUGCUGUAACACCAUAAAAUAUUACCAGUCCUUUAAAAGUAAACUCUAAGUAGCACUUUUAGCGUGUUAUUCUUUUUCCAACACACACACACACACACACAAAAAAAGCAGGUGUAGGUGCGUUUGGCUUCUUUAAGUUGCAGCCCAAAUCAAGAACAGCUGAACCCCCCCUGCCCGCGCAGGUUCAGUGUCCGGGUUAAACACUAACUCGUGCUUUUAAAGCAGCGGUUCUCAAACUGUGGCGGGGCAUGGAGCCGCUGUAGCGGUGGCGUGGAGGACCACAAUCAGGACGACCAGGGGAAAGGAUGCGAUUAUUGUUGGGAAAAUAAACACAAGAUUUAGGGAGAGUUGUUGCCCCAAAUACGGGAGUUUUAAUAUCACAGAUUACGGGAAGGUGGAGCAUGAGGUGGAUCAGCAGGUUGUAUGGGACCAUCGUGGUUAGGAGAAAACGGAGUCCAAAGGUGAUGCCUUUGAUUGACCAAUCACCUUCAAACCCACAUUUAUGUCCAUGAAUUGUGGGCAGUGAGCCCCCCAGAACAAGAUUACGGAUACAAACAGCCAAGAUGAGUUUCUUCAUUAGGUUGGCUCAGCCUUAAAAAUGUGAUGAGGAGCUCAGACUAAAGUUACUAUUCCUUCAUGUCAUAACUGGCCAGCUGUGGUAGUUCAAACAUAUGAUCAGGAUUCCUCCUGGACGCCUCCCUUUGGAGGUUUUCCAGACAGACCCAACUAGAAGAAGAACCUGAAGGAGACCCAGAACUCCCUGAACAGAUUAUCUAUUUCAUCAGGCCUGGGAACACCUCAGGAGAAACUGCGGUAAAGGAUGUCUGAAAUGCUAUGCUUAGCCCACUGCCAGUGCAAUCCUUUCUAAGGUUAGUAAAGUUCAAAUAUCUUGUUGACUCUCCCCAUUUUAGUCCACUGACUUUAUAUGGUUUGAGUCAUUUAGAGCUUCCUAGAAGAAAACAAGAAGCCUUGAAAGUAGGCCUAGAGGAAGUAGACAACAUCCAUUCCAGGCUAUGUGGGUAAAAUGAGAAAUGGCUCCAGAUAGCCUCAAACCAAAGGCACUUAGGGUCAGACACAUAAAGCAAGUGGCUAGGAUUGAAAAAUCUGCUGAGCCAGCUUCAAGUUAAAUUGCAGGUUAUGUUUAGGCAAUAAGACUAAGUGGUUGGAGUUGGGAUUAACUAUGAGGAUCAUUUUUAGGGUAGAGCUAAAACUGUGAGGCUGAAAUGAAUGUAAGAGGCUUGAUUUGAUUGGUAACUUCUGGCUUAUGCUGAGCCAGUAAACUAGUGGAAGGGAAGAAGUUAACAUAAGGAUUAAGAUUUCACAUGUUUUUGAUAAAAGAAGUCGGAUGAACACAACUGGAGCGGCAACUUUUUUUAUUUAUUACUCUGCAGGUCAUUUUCUUUGUUCAUCUUUUUAUAAGAGUAAAAAAUGGCACACAAUGCUUUAUUAAACGCCCCAAAGCAAGAAAUACUCAGAUUACAUUAAAGCUGUAGUUCAUAAACUGUUCAGCAGUCCAUCUGUCGGGACAUGGUGCAACUAAUAAAAA